CCGCAACAAAACGCAAAUUCGAAAUUUGAACUCAAAUCGCAGAUUCGUCGGGCAUACUUACAGAGCUGGGCGAGUCAGGUCAAGGCAAUUCCUGAACCGUCACGCUUGCAAGCUCAGGUAAACCAGGUCCACCGACUGAAAAAAACAAUUGGACCUUGCAAACAACGAGGCUGGUGGUCUCGAGCUGGAAGCAAGGAUCUAUUCUAAAAAGAUAACAUGACAUUGGAAAAUCCUCGAAGGCACGGGUCCAUGACGGACUUAGGGAAUCGGGCCCUCUGAGGUGGUAUUCGAUGCCAUGUCGUGCGGAACCGUUUGCAGUUGCUCGCACACCCAGAAGAGGAGGGUGUAAAAUGUGGAUGGGCGAUGGAUCAGAGGAAACUGCCAAAGAACCAUGGACAAUAACACGUGACAACUACACAACAGUAGACUGAGGAUGUUGGGCUGGUGCCCGAUCCGUGUUGAGCUGCGGCGCCGCGCAACGCCCAAGCAAGAUACGACUGCCCACCGAACGCGUUCGCAGUUUCUGCCAGAAGCGCUCUGGCUGCCCAGGCCCAGCUAACAGUGCACUGCGGUGCACACAGUCAGACAGGGCACGGCGCCAAAGUACCGAGCCUUGCGAAGAAAGCUGAACUGAUCUGAACCGCCCGUGUCCGCAGAAUGGCUGCGCUGCGAGACACCAGCCUUCGCUGUCUUCGGCCCCCUCAUCCACGCUCUCAGCGCAUGGACACCGUCUUUCUCCAUAACAUCCACUCCUGAAGCCAGCCGUUCGCCAAAGACCUCCACCCCUUGUCGUCUCGGAAGUAGCUGACACCAAAGACAGAUGAGGGCGAGGCACGGGGAAAAACAACCGCCCCUCGCGCCUCUUUGACGAAAGUGCUGCCAUGUCCGGGGCAAAGAGGCAGGGGUUGGUGGCCAACCGCCACGAUUCCCUGCCGAAGCCGAGUGCAAAAUGCAUUGACGAUCAGGGUGCUCAUGCACAGCCGAGACGACAAUGCGCUGGACAGAAGCUGGCGACGGGAGCGCGCAAGCUGGCGAAGAGCUGAUAGGAUCGGCGCUGGACCCCCCCCCCUGGCGCGGGAGAACUCGCGUGCCGCUCCACCUCCGGCCCGCCGCGCCGGGCGACAUCCCGCAGCGGCUGGCAACGCCCACGUGCCAGCAAUAUCACGAGGAGGAGCAGGAGGCGCAGGUGGUGGAGGGAGGCUGGAAGAUGGCGUCGCGCCAAUCUGGAGGAAGAAAACAGGGCAUCUACAUAAACUUUCAGAGCUCCGCGCGGAUCUCUCGCAUCUGCGCUGAAGCUCCCUCCAUGGCGCGCGGGGCGGGGGGGUCCGCAAGUUCACGCUUGUUCGGGGGCGCACAAGCUGUGCUGCCCUGCUCUUCUUCGGCUCGCCUGACUUGCGCUGCCCUGCUCUUCUUCGGCUCGCUGCCUCGCCGUGGCCUGGGGGGCGCGUGCGCGGGCAGUCCCUGCCGGGGCGCGCUUCUGGCCGGCCCCGCGCCAGCGACCCCCCAAGGUGUCCCGGCGGCAAGGCCGCCGCCUCGGAUGCUCAGCCGUGAGGCGCGCUUCCAGAGGCCGCGGGGUCGGCACGGGGCAUGUGAGCCGCCCCAGACCGAUCGUCGUCGUCGUCGUCUCGCAGGAGUCACAGCGAGCCCUGCCUGGGUCGAGAAUCGUGCCCGCCUUGCUGAGGAGCCAGCGGCCGGGGCUGGCCGGUGGGGGGGGGGUCUGGCAGAUCUGGGGCGAGCCCAAGCGGUCAAAAGAAACCGACGCUGGGAAGCUGCGCCACAGGAGCCGCCAACGCGGCCGUGCGGUCUCUGCUGGACAGGAGCGCUCGCGCGCCAUGCUUCUUUGUCAGGGAGGAGGAGGAAGGAGGAGGAGGAGGAGGAGGAGGCGGAGGAGGAGGAGGAGGAGGAGGAGGAGGCGGAGAGGGAGGAGAAAUGGAAGGAGUGGGCCGCUCCCCAAACACUUCCAACGGCCAGCUGCAUGCCUUUGAACGCUGCCCCGUGUCACCAACUGUGCAAGAGGGAGCGGCUGUCUGCGCGGUGGCCGUCGCACAGCAGCGAAGGCCAGGAAGGCCGUACAAACAACUAGAUGUGAAUUGAGGGCUCCCCCAACAGGUCAAACGGCCAACACGAUGCCGAUGCCGUUGAAUGCUGCCAGGUGUCUCCAACCGAUGCCUUUGUAUGCAGUGCUCGUGGCGCAGCAGUGAAGACCAAGAAAGCCAGGACAAAAACCAAAAAAACUAUGUAUGAUUAAUAAGUGUGCCCGGCAGUCGCACCGCGAGCACCCACCACACACGCCGGCAGCUACACACGAGCAGACAGCCAGGCAGCAGUGGAGCACCGAGGCCUACGCCUCUGCAUGCCCCCCCCGCUGCCGAGCGAGUCCUAGCGUCGAGCCAGUAUGUGCGCCGGGGAGAUCAAAUAUAACCCUGGGGCCGACGCUGUGCCACGCUCCCAGGAGGCCUCUCCGUGGCCCUCUUCCUCCGCCUGUGGUGGCGCGCUCGACUUCGGCCACACGCGCUCGCUUCCACGGACGACUCGAGAGAUUCGACAGUGGGUUCGCGGCAACGCGCUCGCCUGCAGCAAGCUCAGGGUGAAAGCUUUGCUCGCCAGCACCAGGGCUAACAACCCCUCGUAUCCGAUAGCACCGUGGAGGGAGCCACGGCGCAGACACGAGGUGAGGACGAGUGAAUUAGCGGAGCAGUCGGGGAAGACAAAACACACAGACACAAGUAAUCGUCGAUCCCCAGGAAACUAUGGGCCGAACCCGAAUCAUCCUGCCUCCAUCCAUCUUGUCCGUGCGCGCGAAGUGGAGGUGAAUCACCUCAACACUCGGACAGGCGGAGAAAGAACCUCGGCCCAAAGCAGCCUGCCUGCGUCGGUCCGUCGAUCGUUUCGUCGAUCGAUGUGGCUACAAAAAAAGCGGGGGGGCAUUCUCAACUGUUGUCGAGUCGGUGCUUCCCGUAUUCAAUGUUUCUUCACCGCAGAGCGAGAUCUUUGAAUCUGCACGCCUCACUCGGAGUCGGUGUCCCCCAGCUCGCUGGAAGCAUCCAAGACGUCGCUUGCGACGGCCUCAAUCCUGUUCACCCAGCUUGCAUGGACGCCGAGGAGCUCGGCUGCGGUCUCCAUCCACCCCUGCUCUUGGGCCGCACUGCUCAGGCGCUGGAAUGUCUUGGCGCAAGGGGGCAUGUCCGAUUCGGCCAUCUCCUUGUAUUGGCGUGACGGCCUUCCCGAGCCGCUCCGCCUCGAUGUAGCAGCGGAUCGGGUCGCGGCAGGCGCAAGGACUGGGCUGGGCGCACUCCUCGAAGAUGUCCAGCGCCUCCCCUACCCUGCCGGCGGCGGUGCAGGCCCUGAUCAUCGCAGCGUUGGCCCUGCGGUCGGGGACGCACCCGAAGAGGGGCAUCUGCCCGCGCACCUGCAGGGCCCGGUCGACCUGGCCGAGGCGGGCGCAAGCACGAAGGGCCCUGUUGAAGGCCGCGUCGUCGGGCGCCUGGCCCUGCUCCACCAUCUCCUCGAAGGCGCGGAGCGCGGACUCAGGCGUGCUGCCCUCGCGCACCUCGCUGGCGAACCUCAGCCUGGCGCCAGCUCGAUGCUUCCGCGCGUUGGCGCACCCGAUGGCGUAGGUCAGCAUGGGCAUCAGGACGAUCCAGAGCUCGACCGUCCCCUCGUCCUGGGUGACCUUGCUCAGGGCAUAUACCGCGACUAGCAGCGACAUCAGCACGCCAAUCUGCACGUCAGGGUCCCUGGCGAACGGCAUCGAAUUCGCCGCACGGCAAGAUUCCUGCUGCAUCCUGUUGCGACUGGUCUGUGCGCAGGCGCCCAGACGUUAGAUCGAAUAUACGAGAGUGCCUGAGC